AUGUCACGGAAAACGGCAGUGAGGAGGGCAACCACAAAGAAACGAGCGCAGCGCGCUACGUCAAAUGUGUUUGCCAUGUUUGGGCAAGCACAAAUACAAGAAUUUAAAGAAGCAUUUAAUUUGAUAGAUCAAAAUCGGGACGGAUUUAUUGAUAAAGAAGAUUUGCAUGAUAUGCUAGCUUCUUUAGGCAAAGAUCCGACUGAUGAUUAUUUGGAAGGUAUGAUGAAUGAUGCGCCUGGCCCAAUUAAUUUUACAAUGUUUUUGACAUUAUUUGGAGAAAGACUUCAAGGAACAGAUCCUGAAGAUGUAAUAAAAAACGCCUUUGGUUGUUUUGACGAAAACAAUGAAGGCGUAAUUAAUGAAGAACGUCUGAGAGAGCUUUUAGUUACUAUGGGAGAUAGGUUCACAGAUGAAGACGUCGAUGAAAUGUAUCGUGAAGCUCCUAUUUCCAAAGGUAUGUUCAACUAUAUAGAAUUCACACGUAUUUUGAAGCACGGUGCAAAAGAGAAGGAUGAAGUUUAA